UUUAGGACAUCACUAUAACUUGUCAGUCGUCGAACUGUCAAAAAUUUAAUAUAUAAUAAUAAAAUGGACAAAGUUAAAAUUCUCCUUAUAAGAUUGUAAUUUUGUUGCAAACAAAUAGAAUUUUGACGAAAAUACCUUACAUUUACUGAAUACUUACGCUAGUACUACUAUAACCCGUGCAGUGUCAGACGCGAUAUAAAUAAAAUUUGAAAAGUUUGUAUUAAAUAAUAAUUCGAAAAUGACGGACUCUUCAAUGUAUACUUCUUUGUUUGCACUAAUCGAGAAUCACCUAUCCAAGACCAACUUACAGGAAAAUGAUGGGAAUUCCAAUACAACAUCGAUCAAUAUUCCAAUUAACAAUUUGCGCGAUGGUAGUGUCUCAGAAUCAUUGCUGAAAUUGCAAACUCGGCCAAGGUUACCCAUACCGAGUCUUAGCCCAAAGGAGAGCCCUACUCAAUCUAUUUUGGCUCAACAGGUGGCCAAUAUGCUUAUAGCCAAAGAGAAAAAGCAGCAAGAGGAAAAGCAAAAAUUGGAAGAACAAAUGAUGCGUCUCAAACUAGAAGAGGCUGAAAAGAAUUCUUUAAUUGACUUAACAAAAGCCAUCCAAACUCCCUACAAUCCAAAGCCUCGUGCAAAUCAACAAGAAACUCUUAGCAGCAACAGCUCAGUAGAGUCACUAUUUAAGUUGAAUUUCACAGAUUGCGAUAUUGAACCAGAGAGGGCUAAAACUCCAGAGCCUGAGUUGCCUUGUAUUACAGAUAUGUCUUACAUUUUAAAAGAAAAAAUAAAAAUGGGCAAAGGUUCUGCAUUUGGUAAAGUAUUGUCAUCACGGCUGAGACCUGUCGCUGCACCUUACUUGAGAGAACAUAUUCCUACAAACAUUAAGAGAUUUGACUUCAGCACACCAUCGCCAUGUGAUAUUGUGAAAGAAAAUAGAAAGUAUCGACCAACUAUGUCCACCACUUUCACAUUGGACAUAACAAAGUUUGUGUAAAUAGAGCUAAGUUUCAGAAAGAAGUUGUAAAACAUAACAAUGCAAUUGUUUGCAAAUCAUGUUUAUACUUUAUACUUUUUUUGUUGAUUUAUACUUUAGUACGGUCUAUUUGAUUAAUUUAUUAGUACUAAGUCUAGUGAGGGAUGGGAUGUCUUUAGAGAUUAUGUUAAUGAAUGACAUGGUAUAUUAAGUACAUAAUUAUGUUUAAUCAAUAUUUCUAACAUAUUAUCUGUGUUAAAAAAGAAGUUUAAUUUUUGAAAUCCACAUUUUUCUGUCAAUCAUUUGCCAAAUUAUUUUUACACUUAUUAUUUACACUGAUUCCCAUUUCCGACUGAUUAAUGAUAAUUGAUCUAAUUUGUGUUUAUAAAGUAACUUUUUGUUCUAUUCUUACAUAGAAUCAUUUAUAAGUUUGAAAUAUCUUUCUUUUGUUGACAUUCUAGAAUAACAACUAUUGUACUGUA